GGACUCAGCAGCGCCGCCCUCCGCCCUGCAGCCAGAUUCCCGCAGACGCGGCGCCUCGCCCGCCACGCGCCCGGCCACCGCGAUGCUCGCCCGCGCCCUGCUGCUCAGCGCGGUCUUGGCGCUCAGCCACGCAGCAAAUCCUUGCUGUUCCCACCCAUGUCAAAACCAAGGUGUGUGUAUGAGUGUAGGAUUCGACCAGUAUAAGUGCGACUGUACCCGGACGGGAUUCUACGGUGAAAACUGUUCAACACCUGAACUUCUGACAAGAAUAAAAUUACUCCUGAAACCCACUCCAAAUACAGUGCACUACAUACUUACCCACUUCAGGGGAGUCUGGAAUAUCGUCAAUAACAUUCCCUUCCUUCGACAUGCAAUUAUGAGAUAUGUUUUGACAUCCAGAACAAACAUGAUUGAGACUGUACCAACUUACAAUGCACACUAUGGCUACAAAAACUGGGAGGCCUUCUCCAACCUUUCCUAUUAUACCAGAGUCCUUCCUCCUGUGCCUGAGGACUGCCCAACUCCCAUGGGUGUGAAAGGGAAGAAGCAGCUUCCAGAUUCAAAAGAGAUUGUGGAAAAAUUUCUUCUAAGAAGAGAGUUCAUCCCUGAUCCCCAAGGCACAAAUGUGAUGUUUGCAUUCUUUGCCCAGCACUUCACACAUCAGUUUUUCAAGACAGAUCAUAAGCAAGGACCAGCUUUCACCAAAGGACUGGGCCAUGGGGUGGACUUAAGUCAUAUUUAUGGGGAAACUCUGGAUAGACAACAUAAACUGCGUCUUUUCAAGGAUGGAAAGAUGAAAUAUCAGGUAAUUGAUGGAGAGGUGUAUCCUCCCACAGUCAAAGAUACUCAGGCUGAGAUGAUCUAUCCCCCUCAUGUCCCUGAACACAUGCGGUUUGCUGUGGGGCAGGAGGUCUUUGGGCUGGUGCCUGGUCUGAUGAUGUAUGCCACAAUCUGGCUGCGGGAACACAACAGAGUGUGCGACGUGCUCAAACAGGAGCAUCCAGAAUGGGAUGAUGAGCAGUUGUUCCAGACAACCAGGCUAAUACUGAUAGGAGAGACUAUUAAGAUUGUCAUUGAGGACUAUGUACAACACUUGAGCGGCUAUCACUUCAAACUGAAGUUUGACCCAGAACUGCUUUUCAGCCAACAAUUUCAGUACCAAAACCGUAUUGCUGCUGAAUUUAACACACUCUAUCACUGGCAUCCCCUUCUACCUGAUACUUUUCAAAUCGAUGACCAGAAAUACAACUAUCAACAGUUUCUCUACAACAACUCGAUAUUAUUGGAACAUGGAGUUACCCAGUUUGUUGAAUCAUUCACCAGGCAAAUUGCUGGCAGGGUUGCUGGUGGUAGGAAUGUUCCACUUGCAGUACAAAAAGUAUCAAAGGCUUCAAUCGACCAGAGCAGAGAGAUGAAAUACCAGUCUUUUAAUGAGUACCGCAAACGCUUUAUGCUGAAGCCUUAUGAAUCAUUUGAAGAACUUACAGGUGAGAAGGAAAUGGCUGCAGAAUUGGAAGCCCUCUAUGGUGACAUUGAUGCCAUGGAGCUGUACCCUGCCCUUCUGGUAGAAAAGCCUCGUCCAGAUGCCAUAUUUGGUGAGACCAUGGUAGAACUUGGAGCACCAUUCUCCUUGAGAGGACUUAUGGGUAAUGCUAUAUGUUCUCCUGCCUACUGGAAGCCGAGCACUUUUGGUGGAGAAGUAGGUUUUAAAAUCAUCAACACUGCCUCGAUUCAGUCUCUCAUUUGCAAUAACGUGAAAGGCUGUCCCUUUACUUCAUUCAAUGUUCCGGAUCCGCAGCUCAUCAAAGCAGUGACCAUUAACGCAAGUGCUUCCCGUUCUGGACUGGAUGACAUCAACCCUACAGUGCUGCUAAAGGAACGUUCGUCUGAACUGUAGAAGUCUAAUGACUGUAUUUAUUUAUUUAUAUGAACCAUGCCUUUUAACUUAAUUAUUUAAUAAUAUUUAUAUGAAACUCCUUAUGUUACUGUAUAACAUCUGUAACAGAAGUCAGUACUCUUGUUGCAGAGAAAGGAGUCAUACUUGUGAAGAUUUUUGUCACUACUUUAAAGAUUUUUUUUCAAGUUAAAUAGAAAAAAGUUUUCUUUUUUUUUAUAAAUCAGGAAAAAUGAGUUUUCACAUUUUUACUUGAAUUUCAAUUUAUAAUAUAAGAAAAAGGAUGUUUGAACACAAAUACUGUUCCAAGAUGGCAAAAUGCUGAAAGUUUCUAUACUGUCAAUAUUUCCAAUGUAUCUUUCAUGAUGCUUUAGAAGCAGCUAAUGUUUGGAAUUCAUAAGUAUUUGGGGGCAUCUUUCUGUCAUCAAACAAACAAACAAAAAGCCACAAGUGCAUUUUUAAAUGAAUGUCUAAAUUGGACAUUACCAAUAAUUUUUAUUUUUUAAAAGCAGUAUUGAAGCAAUAGUUUGAAAUUUCUAAAUUAAUAAGGUAAAAUCACUUUUCAAAAACUUCUUUUAUUUCCUAAACUAAACUUGUACCUAUAUCAAUAAAAGAGGCUGUCUUGGAUUUGAAUCUUUAAAUUAGUAUAAAUUAUAUUACAAUUGCUUGUUAAAAUAGUUCAUAAGAGAUGUUGCUUUUUCACCAGGAAUGGAAACUCCAUUUUCUGCAACUGUUAACUUCCUUUUAAAUCAAAAUGCCAAAUAUAUAAUGGUGGUGGAGCCACUGCAGACUUACCUUAAAAUAUUUUAUUUUGAGAGAUUCCAUAAUUUGUUUAUAUGACUGGUAACAAGUAAAAUCUACAGCAGCAAAUGAGUCUACAUUUAAAAUAAGGAAUAACAAAGAAGAAAAGCAAACUGUCAUUCCAAUUUGGGUUUAAACUUUUGAUAGAGACUUUAUUUUAUCCUUGUGCACUGCAGAUCUGUAUUUUGCUGUGAGAUUAAUGAAUUACCAUGCUAUACUUGGAUAACAGCCUGUUUUCUUAGAUUUUCUGUUGUACAGUAUGAUUUAGCAGUCCAUAUCACACUGCAAAAAGUAGCCAUGGCCUCAUAAAAUACCUCUUCAAAAUGCAGAAAUGCAUUUCACACGUGAAUUUUGUCUGAAUCUUGAUAAGCCAAUUCAGCAUAUGCAUUUGAAUCAAGCCUGGCUACUUGCAUGCUGCUCCUUUUAUGUUCUUUUAGCCAUUUUGCUAAGAGAAAAUCUCUUCUGAUCAUUUUAUUUCUUCUGUUUUGAUUAACUGGUUUUAAGAUCAGAGAUCGUCUUUUUUUGGACUCUGUAUUUUCUUACCUGAACAAGUUUUCAGGAAAACCUCAGCUCAGGACUAGGAUUUAGCUCCUCUUAAGAAAAAUAAACGGGAAGAAAAAAAAAAAAGGUCCCUUAAAAGAAAAGAAGUAUACGCUUAUUUUAAGUGCAGGGCAGAAAAUUUUAUUUAUAACAUUCUAAUUAUCUGUAGCCCAAGGAACCUACAAAGACGCUAGUGCCUCAGAAAGAACAGUGGGAGUUUUGUGACAGGAAGAAUGUUACAUUCCUAUCUAAUUAUUGCCCUUUCUCAGUUAAAAACAAAACCAAACAAUUUCUAAGAAGUUCCCAGCAAUAAUAUUAAUGUCGAUAAUUAUAAUACUUCUUUUCCACAUCUCAUUGUCAGCUGACAUUUAAUGGUACUGUAUAUUACUUAAUUUAUUAAGAAUUGUUAUUUAUGUCUUAUUAGGACGUUAUUGUUAUAAACUGUAUUUAAGCCUACAAUCAUCGAUUUUUUUUUUUUCAUGAUGUCUGAAUCAAUGAAUCUUCUUUGGGAUUACCUCUUUGAAUUGUAAUGUCAACAAUCAAAAGAAGUGAUUGUAUUAAGAUUUGUGAGCAAAUGUUUAGAAGUCAAACUCUGGCUUAUUGAGAUUGUUUAAGGUUAGAAUUUGUGUGUUUAGGAGUGACCUCUACGCCAGCCUACAGGGAACACCGUCUCAUUAGCCUGACCCUGCCAUAAGACUGACCUUUUAUACAUUUGUGAAGGAACUGUUGAUGCUUCAUUAACUUAUUCAGCCAUAAUUUAUUGAGAAAAUAUUCUGUACAAAGCACUGUGGGUUUUAAUAUUUUUAAAUCAAACACUGAUUACAGAUAAUGUUAGUAUUUGUGUAAAUGAAAAAAUAUGUCUUGAAAGAAAAGAGAGAAAAUGAAUAAAUUUAAUUAAAGAGAACUAACUCAGGAUAAUUUUUCUUUAAGAUUUUAAGUUUAGAAAUUUAAAGUUAAUAAAGAAAUAGUCAACAUUAGAAAUUUUUAUAUAAAAAAUGAUUAACUUCACUGGUUUUUCCCUGAAAGAAAAAAACUUAAUUUGUUAUUAACAUCAACCUGCUAACUGAACCUGGGCAUUUAGGUUGUGUAUGUGAAUGUUUCAGUGCCUCAGACAAAUGUGUAUUUAAAUUAUCUUGUGUAAAAUAUAAUUAUUGAAAUAAAUGUCUGUUUAUUUUUAUACUAUUUAAAAAUUGACAAAUCUUUUCUGAA